AUGGGAACACUGGCGUUCAAUGACCCGGCAAAUAUCAUCGACCCGCUUCUGGACGCGCCUUCGCCAACCAAACCGCUCAGUGUCCAAAAUCACAAGAAUCAAAAGAAUGACCGGGACUGCAACUCCAGCUCAGACACAUAUGUUAGUGACCACGAUGCCCUUGCUCACACUCAUCUGACGUCGUUUGAACAUAACUUGGAGACGCCUGACGAGGCGGCCAACUUCUGGAUGAAUGACUCGCAAUUGGGACCUGAAAACCACAGAAUCGAAGACGGAAUGGACAAGUUCGAGGAUUUCGACGCAAAAAGCAGACAUACGGUACUGCCCAGUAAGUCCAUAAUGAAGUCUACUGGCACUCCUUCAACGUCGCCUAAGAAAUCCGUCGCCUUCCCUGAACAGAGUAACUUGGAGACCCUUCAUCACUACACACCCACUACAGACCACGAAAACUCCCCCACUUUGGAAGUACUGAGUUCUCUAAUUCACAUGUGGUCGGAAAUGGACAAGAAUGACCAGGUCACAGAGAGCACCAACGCAUCCCCGCCUCCAGUGCCUCCUCCACAUACGUCGAAUACCAUUACUGGACUUUUAUCUCCACAAAACGACGAAGACGAGGCCGAGAAUGAUGAUGUUGACAUUUCCGUGUUGAGUGAGUACCGCUUGAGCCACAAGAACUAUAGCAACCUUUCGUUGAACGAAAAAUUGGAUAUUUUUCUCAAUAACAGCUCACAUGCGGCCCAAGAUGAUCUUGACGACCACUUGGAGAAGUUAAAUUUGGCAAAGAAGGAGGAGACGGAAGUAAAUAUCCAUCACUUGUCGUUCCAAUUAGAUGACCAGCGCGAAAAACUCGAAAACCCAUUGAAUGUGCUCCAUAAGACCCAAGAAGUGCGUUUGAGGUCAGCUGGCUCAUCCCAGUCGUCUCUCCAGUCGCUCAUGGACUCCAAUCGUCAAUUGAACUACAAUAGCAUUGCUGCGCUGUCUUCAGGAAUCCAGUUGAAUGACGGAAUCAAGGGCUUUUCCGAUGCCGUAGCAGGUCUGAUUAUUCCUUCUACAGAUAUUCCAGACUUGCAGCGAGACUCCAGCCCCGAGAUUCUCACGUUCGACGUGAAGAGAUCCUCUAUGAUUGAGUCUAAUUCGGAAGAAGAGGUGUUUCAGGACUCUUUCGACCAUUCCUACAACCUUACAGAAAAGUCGAUUAUGAAUCUUCUCAAUUCGGCUUCUCAGGUGAAUCUUCCCAUUGCCACCACUAAUGUAAAUGCAGUUGAGAAAAUCCCCUCCACACAAGUUCAUCUGGAGAACUCUUUGGAAAGAAAGAUUAAGCAGGAGCCAAAUACCUCACACGUCAGAUCUGACUCCCAGAGCACGCAUAAUGCAAAGCCACUUGCUACAGGCAUUCUGGAACCAUCUAAUACCAACGUCAAAGCAGAGCCACGUGAGAUCGUGGUGAAAUCUGAACCCGAAGAACCUCUUGUGAAGCAGGAAAGUGAUUCCGAAAACGAAUGGGCCGCCAAAGAAGAGCCUACCGAAGGCAAUGUAAAGGAAGAACCUCAGGAAACGCUCAAGGAUGUGCAGCACCUGCCAAUUAUCAAGACGGAAGAUAUCAGCCGAGAAGUUAAUGAUUCGCUUUCAUUUACCGUCAAGGUGGAAGUUCCUCUCAAUCGAUCCUUCGACAAGUCUACGACCAUUGACAAUUCCGAGGACAUUGAAGAUAAUGAGAAUCCUGAAAACAAUGCGAUUCACGAAAACAAGGGUACUCGCAUUUCCGAGAGUACGAACUAUUCGGAACACCCUAACUCAGAGGAUCCUGCCCUUCAUGACCUGCUGCUUCAAGUUCCAGUCCGCCAUCAUGCAUUUGAAGCGAACUCAUCGGCAGAUCUUGAAGUCUCUGAAGCAGCGUCAAUUGCGCAAGCUGACGUUGCCUACAGAUCUAGCAGACAAGUCAGACUCGUAGCAUCCAAUCUGCCAAGUCCAAAAGAUGCGGGACCCGCUGCAAUUUCCGACGAGAUUGAGUCUUCCAAUGAUGGCGACAUUGACGAGGACACCGAUAACAUCUCUCACGUUAAGCUUGAAACCAUUCAUCACUCUAAUGCGGCCAUGCCUAGCAAUGAAAAAUUGAGUCAUAAUAGCAGUGCGUCCGAUUUGUUUGAGGAUACAUCCGAGGAACUUUUAGGGAAAACAUUGGCUCCACUGAAAAUUGAUCACGGGUCUACGCCUAAUCUUGUUGUGCUAAGUACUCCAGAUCUUGAUAUGGAUGGCUCGUUUAAAGUCCAAAAGGAAACUUCAACUAAUGCUAAGAAUGAACGUUCCCUCGAGGAUAGAUCUGACGUUAAGGUCAAUGAUAAAUUAAUGGUGAAGCAAGAGGAUCAUGACAACAGCGUUUUGGCAAAUUCAUCUAACAUUCUUCCUCCACUGCACUUGAUGCCUCCACCAUCUGCUUCGGUUGCAAGAUUUUUAGACCCGACCUCUACUUUCGAGGAAUCUUUAUCCGCUGAGCAUGACAAGGACAAGAAAAACAUCGACUAUCUUUCGAUCUGGCACUUGCAACUGCAAAAGCGCAAGCACCAGCUACCCCGCGCUCCGCUGUCAUAUCAAGUUCCAAAUCUUCAGAACUAUAACACAUCAGACCUUUCAAAUGGCAACACAUACCACAUUCCUGCCUCAUUGAAACUGAAGAAGUUUAAGGAAGUCAAUCUUGUUUCGAAGAGAGUUGUGAGUCCAGGGUUUGAAGAUCUUCAAGUUUCUGGCUUCUUGCCUGAGAUUUCUCAGACGUCAGGCUUAGAGGGCCACUUUAAGAGUCUCAUGCACAGUCAAACUAUCCAGUCGGAUUUGAGCACGAGCGUCGCCUCUCACAAGGUUGAGAGAAGACGGAGUUUAGGAAUGCAGAAUGUCUUAUCUCAGAUUGAUGAUCCAAGUGUUGAGGAACCACCUGCUCCGGGUCCAAUUCCUAAGAAGAGCCACUCAAUCCACAACACGUUAAGGCCAGUUUCUGUGACUAUGCAAGAAGUCCCAAAGCCUCAGACUACCGUCAAAAAAUCGAAGUUCCAUGUACCUACGUUUGAGAUCAAGAGAUCAAACUCAAAAUUGUCGCCUAAGAACUUCUAUAAUGACAUUUUUGAGGACAUUGCUCGCCCUACCAUAAAGGCUAGCGGAAUGAAGACCUUACCAAGUAUGGAUAGAGAGGAUGUCAAGAGAAUUUUGCAAAUGAAGCAAGCAAUGAGCCACGAAGAGUAUGCAAACUUAAAGCUCGUGGGAACCAGAAAGCGCUCUGUCAUUCAAGAACCAGAAGACAACUACGACAAAUUUCAACAGCUGGCUUCAGUUCACUGCGAAUCUUUGACUUCCAGUUCUGACCCCAACAAGAGAAGGAGUCAAUUGUCGCAUGUUAUGGGUGAGCUCCAAUCUGUUCCUGUUGCAAUUGAGUCCAAGGAUCAGAUUUUGAAUGAUCUCAGCAUCUUUCAGCUCAAGUCAGAUAGUAUUUUUGAAUCUCCAAAGUCAGCAGAGGAAAUUUCGACCCCAGUUCGAAUUAUUCCUGUGAAGAAACAAGAUCAAUUAACCUUCCCAGAUCCAGAUCCAGAGUUGAUUAGCAACGCUGGCUUUUCUCCACAACAGGACCGUAACACCAUUAACGAUGAGCUCCAUUCUAGGGAAAUUCCACAGAAGCCUUCCAAUGUUGUCACAUCAACCGAUUCUGGUCCUAUGAAAGCAGCUACUCAAUCACCAUUCAAAGAUGAGGUUAUCACUGAGGCCUCAAUUGAAGAUUCUGAUUCUCAAACAGCUUUGGUCCAGCCAGUUGAGCCAGCCACGCAAGAUCACCAAGUACAAAACCAUCAACGUCGCUUACUGGGUCCUGUUCUGGCAAAUGUGCUGUCCCCACUUCCUCCAAUUCAUGGAAUGCGUGGCCCUCUUCGUCCUCCAGCUAAUGCUCCUAUUCAUGCCCCUCUUGAAGAUCCAAUACAACAUGUAAUCCAGAAGUCAGAACCAGUUGCCAUGGAGGAAAUCAAGACACCAACAGAGACUGAUUUACGCAGUCAACGGAAUAUUAAUGGCACUGUUCCAAUGAAGCCGUCAGCAAAGAUUCAUGUUGUCAAGGCAAGCAAUACUCCGCCACAGAAGAACACGCCUAAAUCAUCUCCAAUCAAGAUCAACUCCUCUCCCGUGAGACUUGUGAAAAAUGGUGAUGAAGUCACAGGUGUUGUACUUGAUAAACCCCCUAAGAUGAGACAGACAUUCGUUGGAGAAAUCGCAAACGAGAAAAUCAGAGAGCAGGUUUCAAGACAUGAGCAUGCUCUUAGCACAGUUUCCGUUCCCUCAAAUGUUACUGAUGACACUCUUUUGAGAUCUGAGCAGAAUUCUCAACACAGAAUUAUUUCUGAUUCUCAGGGUUCGACAGUCCCACUGUCGAUUGAAACAGACAGAGGUAAGCUCUUCCUUAGAGUCGUUGGGUUGAAGAAUAUUGCAUUACCGGAUGUCAAGUCCAGAAAGGGAUCGUUUUCCAUUACAUUGGAUAAUGGCGUACACUGUAUCAAGACUCCAAACUACAAUCUUGAUUCGCUGGAUGUUUUGAUUGGCAAGGAGUUCGAAUUGACUGUUGGUAGAUCGCUUGAAUUCAUCUUGACAAUGAAAGCAAUCUACGACAAGCCAAAAGGUACGUUGGUGGAGGUACACGAGAAAAAGGUGGUAAAGUCUCGUAACAGAAUCAGCAGACUCUUCGGGUCUAAGGAGAUCAUCACUACCACCAAGUAUGUGCCUCAAGAGGUGAAGGACCCAUGGCAGAACAAGUUUGCUGGUGACGGGUCAUUUGCUAGAUGUUAUGUUGACUUGGAACAAUACGAGCUGCAGAUCACAGGUAUUGCACGCAAUUUUAAUAUCUCUUGCUUCAAUGAGUGGGAAACUGCUACUAUUGGAGGUAAAGUGACCCAGCGCAACCCAUACAAAAUUGCUCAACUUGAGGUCAAAAUGCUCUUCGUUCCUAAAUCUGAGCCAUACGAAAUAUUACCAACUAGUAUCAAAUCGGCAUAUGAGAGUUUGGACGAAUUGAGAACUGAGAGCCAUUUGAUUGUAGAGGGAUAUAUGCAUCAGGAUGGAGGAGAUUGUGAAACGUGGAAAAAGAGGUGGUUCAAGCUUUCGGGAACAUCGCUCAUAGCUCACAGUGAAUUCUCUCACAAGACCAGGGCUAAGAUUAACUUGGCUAAGGUUGUGGAAGUGAUUUACGUGGACAAGGAGAACGUCAACCGGUCGUCGAGCAAUUACAGAAACUUCAGUGAUAUCCUUCUAGUGCAGAACGCAUUCAAGAUCCGUUUCGCCAAUGGGGAGAUUAUUGAUUUUGGUGCAGCCAACAAGGAGGAGAAGUUGCGGUGGAUAAGGGCUAUCCAAGAAAUUGUCUACAGGAACAAGUUCCGUCGGCAGCCAUGGAUCCAAUUGAUGCAGGAGAAGAAUGGCAACUCACGUCCACGGUCUAUAGUUAUAGGUAAUUAG